AUAAAAAAGCAAGUAGCCCAUGAAAGUUUUCAUAGGAUGAGGCCUUCAUUGCCGACCAUUCAUCUGAAGAUAACAAAAACCCUCUAAAAUCACAACUAUUCAAUCCCCAUCAUAUCUGCUUCUUCUUCUUCUUCUUGACCCAAAAACACACACACUCAAAAAACACACACACAUACACACACUUAAUGGCUCUUAGAAUGUGGGCUUCUUCCACAGCCAAUGCUCUAAGGCUAUCCACUUCUUGCAGACCUCAUUUCUCCCCUCUUUCACGAUGCUUCUCUUCAGUUGUCGAUGGGUUGAAGUAUGCAAAUUCACAUGAAUGGGUCAAGCAUGAAGGUGCUGUUGCUACCAUUGGUAUUACUGACCAUGCUCAGGACCAUCUUGGAGAGGUGGUGUUUGUGGAUUUGCCAGAUGCCGGUGGCUCAGUAGCCAAAGCCACCGGCUUUGGAGCCGUGGAAAGCGUCAAAGCCACCAGUGAUAUUAACUCCCCGAUCUCUGGAGAGAUUGUGGAGGUGAACUCAAAGCUCAGUGAGACUCCCGGUUUGAUCAACUCAAGCCCAUAUGAAGAUGGAUGGAUGAUUAAGGUGAAACCAAGCAACCCAUCGGAGUUGGAAUCAUUGAUGGGUGCAAAAGAGUACACAAAGUUCUGCGAAGAAGAAGACGCUUCUCACUAGACUUGAACAUACAAAAUGUCCUAUGAAUUUUUUUUCUUUUUCGUUUCUUCCUCAACUAACUGAAAUCUCAGUUGUUCUAAAUAAAUGAUAUUAUUUCAAAGUCUUGAUGUUAAUUUAUUAUCUACUAUAAAUUAUGAUACAAGUAAGUUACCCGUUCAUGUUACCACAUCUAUGCAAUCAAUCACAAUUUUAUCCCAUUUGAGGGUAUAUAUCAUAUUUAUACUGUCAAAUGUUACAAAAGUAGCACGAAUUAUAUAAUUUUAUACAAUUGUCACCCAUAUUUAUAUCAUGAGCAUAUCAACACCAAUAUGUGGAACCGGUGGAGGCCUUAAACCUCACCAUAGCCGUUGCAGUUUGAAGGGGAAUAAGAAGAAGCAAUUGAUAUCAGUUUCAGUCUUAGUUCAUUGCUGACUGUGUCAACUUUAGUUUGAGUAGCCACAACCUCAACUUUUGGGAUUUCAGAUUUAGUCACAUGUGAAAAACUUUCGGGUUCACAAUAAGAAAUGGCGAUGAGAGAUUCCCUCACAUGCUCGAGUGAAAACUUCUUUGUCUGUGGUUGAUAAUAACCCAUGUAACGUAGUAUGCUUUAUCCUGCAAAUAUUCCGAAAUUAAUGGGUGAAGCAACGGCGUGGAUCUCUGCCUCCGUCCCUCGGCGUUUGGGGGAAAGGACAGGAGGAGCGAGGGAGGCGUUAGGAAUGAGAGGUUUGGUUGGUGGGGGAGAUUCUUUCGUCUGAAUCUUUUGUACCCAAACGCCUUUUUUUUCCGACGUGUAAUCUAUUAACCAAUUUUGGAUAGCUUUGACUUGGGAUUUUGACUCUAUCUAUAUCAUCCAAACGAAUCCCUCUAAUAAUAAAAUAAGUAAAACAUACUCGCCAUACGAUUUAUAAAGCUUUAAAUACAAACCUGCA